UGCCUUCGCUGCGCCGGCUGCGGUCCUCCCGCCCUCGGCCCGCGACUCGCGGCCCCACCUGGCUCUGUUGCCGCUCGGCCUUGUGCUGGCCUCCGUGCCCUCCCGGUGCCCUCCCGGCCUUGGUGCCGCGGCGGACGGCGCAGGUGAGGCGGCGUCGCGGGGCUGGCGAGUGCCGGGCCCUACCCCUUCUCUGGUGGCGGAAGCCUAGAGAUGCAGUGUUUUCACGUGGUGUGCAGUCGUGUCCACCCUGCUGCCACCUCCUACUGCCGUUCAGGGUGUAGUUGCAGCCUUCUGCACGGUCUGAGUCCAGAACGUUCUCUUCAGCACCCCCCAAAACCCCGCUUCCGUGGAGCAGCCGCUCCCCACUUCCCUGACCCCUCGUUCUGGACCACAGUUGCAUGGCCACGGCCGGUAGUAGUUACGUGGCUUUUGUCAGGUCCAUUGGUAAUUUCUUUUGAGUUGACGUCUCCCGACUCCCCAUUGGGAGUGAUGGCUACACGUUUUCACCCUCACGCAGGGUUGUGCCUUUUUCUUCAGUUUAUUGGAGUUUUGGCAUGCAAAUUAUGCUUUCUGUUAGCGUCCUAAGAGUCUUUGUUGUUUCUGUGGAUGGGUUCUCUUGGAUCUGGCUUUUCCACUUUGAUCUUUAGGUUGAUGCUUGCUGUGUGCCUGGGCUGGAGCCUGGCUGAUCAGUCCUCAGGAUGGCAGCCAUCAACCCGUGGAGCUCGUGGGGUACUCUUAUGGACCAGUCCUGGCAGAUGGCAGCAGUUGACCCGUGGGCCUCCUGGGCUCUCUAUUCUCAGGACCCUGUGUGGCAUGAGCAGGGGAGAAGUGCAGCUGGGCUCUCAGCAGCCCAGGUCCAGGAGCCAGUGACCUUCCGGGAUGUGGCUGUGGACUUCACCCAGGAGGAGUGGGGGCAGCUGGACCCCAUGCAGAGGACACUGUAUCGCGAUGUGAUGCUGGAGACCUUCGGGCACCUGCUGUCUGUGGGACACCAAAUUGCCAAGCCCGAGGUCAUCUCCCUGUUGGAGCAAGGAGAGGAGCCGUGGUCAGUGGAGCCUGUGCAUCCUCAGAGUUCUUGUCCAGAGUGGAUGAGAAAUCUUGAAAGCAAAGCACUGAUCUCAACACAGAGUAUUUUUGAGGAAGAACAACCCCUUGGCAUGAAGUUGGGAAGAUGCCUAUGGGAUGAUUCUUGGUUUUCCAGAUUAGGAGUUUGGGGAUAUAAAGACCAAUUAGAAAUGUACCACAUGAACCAGAGUACAGCUAUGAGGCAAAUGUUCUUCAUGCAAAAACACAUACUGUCUCAAAGAGGUUCUGAAUACUGUGAACUUGGGGCAGAAUAUAGUGAGAGUUUAAACUUUGUUCCAUCCCAGAAAGCUUCCCAAUUAGAACAUUUUUAUAAACCUGACACACAGGCUGAAAGUUGGGGAUUCAACUCGGCCAUAAUGUAUGCAGAUAAAAUUACCUGUGACAAUAAUAAUUGUGACAAAGCAUAUAACCAGUCCAUCCAACCUGUUCAUCCUAUAAGAAUACAGACUGGAGAUAUUUUCAGAUGUACUGAUGGUAUGAAGUCCUUCAAUGAUGUCAUGCAGUUUGGUGAUCAGAAAGGAAUAUACACAGGAGAAAAACUAUAUGAAUAUAAGGAAUACCAUCAAAUUUUUAAUCAGAGCCCAUCAUUUAAUGAACAUCCAAGACUUCGUAUUGGAGAAAACCAGUAUGAUUACAAAGAAUAUGAAAAUAUCUUUUACUUCUCAUCCUUUAUGGAACAUCAAAAAAUUGGUCCUGUAGAGAAAGCAUAUAAAUAUAAUGAGUGGGAGAAAGUCUUUGGAUAUGACUCUUUCCUUACUCAACACACAAGUACGUACACCACAGAGAAACCCUAUGAAUAUAAUGAAUGUGGAACAUCUUUCAUCUGGAGCUCUUAUCUUAUUCAACAUAAGAACACUCACGCUGGCGAGAAACCCUAUGAGUGUGAUAAAUGUGGAAAAGUUUUUAGGAACCGUUCAGCCCUUACCAAACACGAACGGACUCACACUGGAAUAAAACCUUAUGAAUGUAAUAAAUGUGGGAAAGCCUUCAGCUGGAAUUCUCAUCUGAUUGUACACAAGAGAAUUCAUACAGGAGAAAAGCCUUAUGUAUGUAAUGAGUGUGGGAAAUCAUUUAAUUGGAACUCCCAUCUCAUUGGACACCAGAGAACUCAUACUGGAGAGAAACCAUUUGAAUGUAGGGAAUGUGGGAAGUCAUUCAGCUGGAGUUCCCAUCUCAUUGCUCACAUGAGAAUGCACACAGGAGAGAAACCCUUUAAAUGUGAUGAAUGUGAAAAGGCUUUUCGGGAUUACUCUGCUCUUAGUAAACAUGAAAGGACUCAUUCUGGAGCAAAGCCCUAUAAGUGUACAGAAUGUGGAAAAUCCUUCAGCUGGAGCUCCCAUCUCAUUGCUCACCAGAGAACUCACACAGGAGAAAAACCUUAUAACUGCCAGGAAUGUGGCAAAGCAUUCAGAGAACGCUCAGCCCUCACCAAACAUGAAAUUAUUCAUUCUGGAAUUAAACCCUAUGAAUGUAAUAAAUGUGGAAAGUCUUGUAGCCAGAUGGCUCACCUUGUUAGGCAUCAAAGGACUCAUACUGGAGAGAAACCCUAUGAAUGCAAUAAAUGUGGGAAAUCCUUCAGUCAGAGUUGCCACCUAGUUGCUCAUAGGAGAAUUCACACUGGUGAGAAACCCUAUAAGUGUAAUCAGUGUGAAAGAUCUUUUAACUGUAGCUCUCAUCUUAUUGCUCAUCGGAGAACUCAUACUGGAGAGAAACCAUAUAGGUGUAAUGAAUGUGGGAAAGCAUUUAAUGAGAGUUCUUCCCUUAUUGCACCUAAGAAACCAUACUGGAGAAAAACCCUACAAAUGUAAUCAUUGUGAGAAGGCUUUCUGUAAGAACUCAUCCCUUAUUAUUCAUCAGAGAAUGCACAGCGGACAGAAGCGCUUCAUAUGCAGUGAUUGUGGA